CACAAACAACCCUCUUAUUCUCUCCAAUUCGAUCUCUCUUCCGCAAUCCUCUGGUCAAUGCAGUGGCGUUGUUUGUUUUGUAAGUAGAAGUAGUUUGAGUUUCUGCAAGGGUUGUCGACAUUUUUGUGCAUCCCGGAUACAUUUCAAGUAUCUGAUUACUCAUACUUGUUUAUGGUUUAAGGGCUUGCUGUCAAGAGACCCUUUGCCAUGUGAGUUGCUAAGAGAAAAUAUGGUGGAAGAUACUCAGUACACCUGUUGGUUUAGUUAACACUGACGUAUGGCUGGAAAUACUAGGUUUGAUUUAACUGCUGCUAGAUCAGAGGAAUUGGCUUUCAAGGGGAGCUUUACUAAUGGACAGAGAGGGAAUUUGAUGAAUGGCACUUUGGACAGGUCUGCAAGCUUUCGUGAGGGUAAUGAGGGGAAAAUGUUUAUUUCGGGUGCUAAUAUGUCACGGGGGAAUUCCACAUCAGCAGGGGAUUUGACUUAUGUUACUCAAUGUUUGAUGUUAGAUCCAAUAACCAUGGGAGAUCAAAAGUAUACUAGGUCAGGUGAGUUAAGACGAGUCCUGGGGAUAUCUUUUGGAAAUACACUUGAAGAUUAUGCUUUUGGAACUGCUAAUCUGAAGUCUCCCCCUCCAGUGGCUACGGAGGAACUUAAACUAUUCAAAGCAAGUGUACAAGAGGCUUCUGUCAGGGCUAGAUAUAGAUCAAAAAGGUUGGAUGAAUCGUUAGACAAAUUGAACAAGUGCUGGGAGGCUGUAAGCUUAAAGAAGCAACUUCGGAACGAUUUGUUGCCAAAUGAAAGGUUGGGUGGAUCGCCCUUCUCAAAAAUGGGAAGUCAGACUCAUCGGAAUCCAUCAGAGCUUGUGAAUCAAAGACUAGAGGACAGACCUAAGAAUAACUUUCUGAAUAAGCGCAUCCGUACAUCAGUAGCUGAGACACGGGCUGAAGGACUAAGUCAUAGCAAUGCAAGGCAGCCUUUGGCCAUUGGAAAGGAUAGAGACAACACCAAGGAUGUUAGCAAAGGUUGUGAUAUUGUUGAAGAGAAGAUUCGAAGAUUACCUGCAGGUGGAGAAACGUGGGAUAGAAAAAUGAAAAGAAAACGUUCCAUGGGUAUAGUUGUUGCCAGAUCCAUUGAUGGGGAAGGAGAACUGAAAAAAGUUACGCAUCUAAGGCUAGCUAAUGAUUCAGGUCUGCAAGGUUCUGAUGCUCAUGGUUUGAGGUCAGGAUAUUCUGGCAGUAGUAGCAAGCUUGAUGGUUCUUCGUCUCCUACACCCAAUGCAUGUACAGCUGCCAAUAAUGAGCGAGAAAAGGUGUCAAGGGGUUCAGUGGACGGAUCAAAUAAGGAACGGGUUGUACUUAAAGGAAAUAAGUAUAAUGUUUGUGACAAUAAUCAUACUGGUGGUAUCCAUGCAUUGUCGAAAGGAAAAGCUUCAAGGCCUCCACGGACCGGUGCUUUGAUGGCUGGAAACUCAUGUUCUGUUUCUCGAUCUUCUGAAUUACAUGAAACUGAGGAACAACCUUUAAAUGUGAACAAGCCUCAUUCAGUAAGUGGUACUGUAAAUCGCAAGCGUCCUUUGCCUGUAUCAUCUUCAUCCCAUAUGGCCCAAUGGGUUGGACAGAGACCCCAGAAAAUUACUCGCACUCGAAGAGCAAAUGUGAUGUCCCCUGUCUUAAAUUGUGAUGAAGUGCAUACAUCAUUAGAAGGUUCGUCCCCUUCCGAUGUUGGUACCAGAAUGUCUUCUACUAUUAGUGGAUUACAUACUUCCAACGGUGCUAUCAACAGUGGCAUUCAACCAGUUAAAGUGAAACAUGAAAACAUGUCACCGCCAACCAGAUUAUCUGAAAGUGAAGAAUCUGGUGCUGGUGAAUAUAAUUUGAAGGUGAAAAGAUUGGAAAGUAAUGAAAUUGAUGAAAGUGCCAUAAAUCGUUCUUAUGUUACAAGUUCCUCAAUGUUAACAUCAAAAAAUAAAAAAAUACCCUACAAGGAAGAGAUUGGAGAUGAUCUGCGUAGACAGGGAAGGGGUGGUAGGGGCUCUUCAGUUUUGAAGAGUGGCAUCUUGCCAAUGAAAGAGAAGUUAGAGACUUCAACCUUGAUGAAGCCAAUUAAAAAUAUGAAGCCUGCUUCUGAAAAGAAUGGAAGUAAACCAGGGCGUCCUCCUCUGAAGAAAUCAUGUGAUAGGAAAGCUACUAUUCGAACUGGGCAUCCAUUGACUAACAAUUCCCCUGAUAUAUCAGUGGAGGAUGAUGACCGGGAGGAGCUAUUAACUGCUGCUAAGUUUGCUAGCAAUGCCAGUUAUAUUGGCUGUUGUAGUUCAUUCUGGAAGAAUCUGGAACCUAUUUUUGCUCCUGUCAGCUUGGAAACCAUGUCCUACUUGAAGCACCUGGUUAAAACAACAGACGUUGAUCUGAGAUGUCUGUCUCAAAUGCUAGGCGUUGGAAGUGAUGCACUGGAUAGACUUACACACACCGAAAAUCCUGUGUCACAAAGUCCUCUCUCUAGAGAAAAAGACAGAAGCAAUCAAACUGAUUCGAAAGAGAUACCCUUAAUGGAUGACAUGGUUGAUCAACAUCUAGAUUUUAGUAUUUUGUGCAGACAAAUGGGUUCAGAAGGAAACAAAGUUGCACCAUUGUAUCAAAGAGUGCUGACAGCUCUGAUCAUUGAUGAUCAAAUUGAUGAAGACAUUGUUGGAGAUGGGCAUAUGUCUUUUCUGUGUGAAAGAGAUGGUUCUUCUCAGCUGCCUUGCUUCUUUCAGGGUGUUGAGAACCAAUCCAACAUCAAGAUGGAAUAUGUAUUCAACUCUGGCAAGGUUUCUUGUAAUGGCAAUGCUAUGCAUACUAGUUGUGCAAACAUCCCUAUGAAAGAACCUGGCGUUUCUUUGCAAAUUGAUCAGGGAUCAUUGUAUCCAGAAACCAGGCUGUCCAUGUUAUCUGAAGAUGGCAAUGAUGGGUCUUUGGGUAUGCACAUAAAUUCAUGCUCAUCAUCUUUCAGUUGCCAUUUUGAGCAAAUGAGCAUGGAAGAUAAACUCUUACUGGAGCUACAGAGUAUUGGCCUAUAUCCAGAACAAGUGCCUGAUCUUGCUGAUGGAGAUUGUGAAGCUAUUAAUCAAGAUAUUAUGCAAUUGCAGAAAGGACUCUUCCAACAGGUCAAUAAAAAGAGAGAAUGCUUUAUGAAACUUAUUCAAGCAGUAGAACGAGGCAGAGAAAUGGAACAACGAGCCCUUGAGCAAGUUGCCAUGGACAAACUUGUCGAGCUGGCUUAUAAGAAAAAACUGGCAACCCGUGGAACUAGUGCUGCGAGAUACGGACUUUCUAAGGUCUCAAGGCCAGUUGCUCUGGCUUUUAUGAAGAGGACUCUUGCUCUAUGCCACAAAUUUGAGGAAACAGGGAAAAGUUGUUUUUUGGACCCUGUUUUGAAAGAUGCCCUAGUUGCUGCUCCUUCUCAUGACAACAAUACUGGUUCAGCUGUUGCAGCAAACCUAUCACUUGGUCAAAAUUCUCAGCAAGAAGUUGCACCUUCAGGUUAUUUCCCUCGCAAGGAGCAGGAUGUGUCUGGAAAUCUAGACCAGCCCUCCAACCAGGAUUUUGGUAGGACAGGACCAAUUGUAAACAGAGGGAAGAAAAAGGAACUGCUGCUUGAUGAUGUUGGCGCUAGUCCUUCUCUAAGGUCUGCAUCAACUCCUGGUGGUGCAAAGGGAAAGAGGAGUGAACGAGACAGGGGCAAAGACUCUUCUGGAAAAAAUUCUGUAACAAAAGGUGGUCGUUCUUCUGCAAGUCAUACAAGGGGUGAGCGGAAAACGAAAGCAAAGUCUAAACCAAAGACAGCUCAACUAUCUAGUUCUGGAAAUGGUCCUCUUAGCAAGUUAAUGGAAAAUAAUAACUCUGAGCAUCAAUUGGCUUGUGGUUCUAAUGAAUUUAUUUCCAGUCAUGGCAACAGAAAAAGUAAAACUGGAUCUGUACCUCACAAUGUGUCCACUGGAACUGAGGAACGCAUGGACAUCACAAACCUGCAUGAAUUAGACUCCAUAGAACUAGGUGUAGGUAAUGAACUUACUGGACCUCAAGACCUGGAUUCUUGGCUGCUGAACAUUGAUGACGAUUUGCAAGAUAAUGACGCUAUUGGCCUAGAGAUACCAAUGGAUGAUCUGUCUGAUUUGAACAUGAUUUUAUGAAGACGAAUGCAAGAUACUAUACAUUCCCAAUCCCAUGCAGUAUUUGGUAUUUAUGAACAAGGGUGCUGUAUCGGUGGAAAGAUGCUCAUACAAUUCGUGCCUCUUGUGACGGGAACUUGUAAUUAUGCCCAUUCUUUUGUAUACUUAUUAUCUACAAAAUACAAACAUAGAAACCCAAAGAAAGGGUUAAAGAAAAAGAAAAAUCUAGUCAAUUGUUCAUAUGAUCUAGAGUCCUUUAGGUUGUAACUACUACAUUCUUCAACAAAAUUUUGGUCAUCCCGCUGUGCAUUUUCCCAUAUGGACUUAUAAGUUAUUUACAAUGUUAGAACCUGUCAGCUUUAUUGUACGCAAUUUUAAACACCUGCCAGUA